AUGGAUGACAAGAUAGACACAGCAGAAAAGAAGGUGCUGGUUGAUAUUGUAAAGUUGGUACAAAAGAAAGAUAUGAAGGGUAAACUAGGAGGCUGGAAAGAAUUCUUGAAGAAUCAUGAUAAGAAAUUCGGGGCAGGUUUGAGUGAUCCAUCAAAGAGAUCCCAUGAGGUUUUGGCUGAAUUUCUCAAGACAUUCUCAACUGAUGAGGAUUUAAAGUUUUUUGAUAACAUCAUGCAGCGUCAUUCAAAUCAAUACACGUUAGAGCGACCAAAAGAUAGAUCUCAUGAUUCCCCUGAGCAGGUUUCAGAAAGUAAGAUGUCGAAGCUGCUUAUUCACAAAAUACCAACCACUGUAAAUAGUGAAACGCUACACGAAAUUGUUCCUGGAGACUUCACAAUAGAACAAAAGCCUGCCAGGAGGGAUCACAGAGACAAGUAUUCUGUCUUAGCUAUAUUUAAGAGCCAACGAGAGGCACUUGAGGCAUAUGAAAAUGUUCAAGGCAGCCAAGAAAAGGAUUCAAAUGGGCUUCAACAAAAACUUGUAACAUGUCGGCUGAGUACAGGUAUAGAUGUCAGUGUAUAUGUUCGGAAAAUGGGAAUUGAUAAUCACCACAAAAAGUUGCCAUCUAAGAGAGAUUUACCAGAAGAAGACAAGACACUUGACACUUUCAAGAACAAGAAACUAAAAAUGGAUCCUGAAGUUGAAAAGGAUGAUGCCCUGAAAGCUUUACGAAUGAAACAUGAAAUUGAAAAGAAGGUCCACUUGAAAGAGAUUGAAGCACUGAAUCAACGUUUGAAAGAAAGAGAAUUGGAGCAGCUGAAUGAGAUUGAAGCACUUAAUCAACGAUUGAAAGAAAAUGAAUUGGAGAUUGAAUCAAUGAAGGAACAAUUGCUGAAUCAACGAUCGAAAGAAAGUGAAUUGGAGAUUGAAUCAAUAAAGGAGCAAUUGAGAAAAAAGGACUUUGAAAUCAACAAUCUGCAUAGAAUGGUAGAUAACAUUAAAAAAAGGCAAAAACCACGUAAAUAA